ACAACACCAAGAAAGUGACGCAACUCAAUAGAAUCAAAGCACCAAUGGCUCAGAAAGAUAUGCAAGUUGUGAAGGGUUUGGACAUGCAGAGAUACAUGGGGCGCUGGUAUGAGAUAGCCUCUUUCCCAUCAAGGGAUCAACCUAAGAAUGGUGUGAACACCAGAGCCACAUACACUCUUAACGAUGAUGGGACUGUGCAUGUGCUUAACGAGACUUGGAGUGGUGGUAAAAGAAGUUACAUAGAAGGAACUGCUUAUAAGGUUGUCCCUAAUACUGAUGAAGCCAAGCUCAAGGUCAAGUUCUAUGUUCCUCCAUUCUUGCCCCUCGUCCCUGUUGUUGGGGAUUAUUGGGUUUUGUACAUUGAUGAUGAUUACCACUAUGCUUUGAUUGGCCAGCCAAGCAAGAAAUAUCUUUGGAUAUUAUGCAGGAAGACCAAUAUAGAUGAUGAAAUCUACAACGAGCUUGUUCACAAAGCCAAGGAUGAGGGAUAUGAGGUGAGCAAACUCCACAAGACCCCACAGAGCGAUCCUCCACCAGAAGAAGAAGGUCCCCAAGACACUAAAGGCAUUUGGUGGUUCAAAUCCAUUCUUGGGAAAUAGAUCUCGAAGAUACAUAAUUUGUUAGGUUGAUAAAUUAUUUCAUUUCAUAUUAUAUUAGUUUGGAUCACUCUAAGCAUAUAUUGGCUUGUUCCGUAUUAUGUACUUCUGUAUGUCCGGUGCUUGAAGUAGUAGCGGAUCUAUUUGGUUUUUUACGUGUGCAACUGCACACAUAACUUUGGUCAUAUAUUUUUUUUAGUAAAGAAGAAAUAUAUUUUUUAAUUAAUUAUGAGUGUCACUCAAUAAACAAUUUUAGUGGUUGUAUUACCAAGAAUAAAGCACAGAUAUUAAGAA